CGUGUUUCUAACCUAAAAUAUCACUGUUGUACUUUUGUGAACAUUUGUUAUAUAAAAUCAGUCAUAUCCAUGGUCAAGGUAUUCACCUUGUCUGGUCAUGUCCUUUAUAGGUGCUAAUGUUAGUCUGUUGAUGGUCCGUGAAUGUUAGUACAAUGAAUAUGUAUAAAAAAAUUGCUGUAAUUCGUACCAAAUUACAUUCUUUCUUAUUUACACUGUUAGAAUAUGAAGGCGAAGUUCUGUUAGUCUCAAAGAAUAAAGAAGAGGGAAAUGUGACUAACGAAUGCUCUUUCUGGGACACAACUCGUACUGAAAUUGAAGCUUCAAGGGGUGAAGUGUCUGCCUUUAAUUUAACUGGUAAUCCACUUAAAGUAGAUUUAACUGUUGACACGACUGUUAUGGAAAGAAAAGAAAAUAAGGAAGAAACACUCUGGUCAAUUAGUUUAAAUUUUGCUAGGGAAUUUAUUAAUGAUUACAAUGAAGAUGUGGAUAAGGAAACAGAUGAUAUGGUGGUUUGCGUGUGUGAUGGAGAAGAUGAUGCACAUACAAUAAUGUUAGCCUCAUUUCAAACAGGCGGAAAUUUUGUGCGAACAUUGGCUUUUGCGGACGGGUGUACAACAGAAUCAGUUUUGAAGAGUGAUCUUAAUCGUUUACUGGACUGUCAUAUUCAGAAUGUUGGUAUUGAAUCGCACAAAGUCGAUACACAAGUAUUGUGCUUACACAAGUUGUUUAAUUACAAUCCUGAUAAACAUUAUCAAAAUAUCGGAAGUGUUCAAAUGGAAAGUUCGUGGGACACGUUGCAGUACGAUAUUCCUGAGCAUGGAGCUGUAAUAAAAUUGAUACUGCAGGUUAUAGUUGGCCAUGAAAGUUCCACGAUCCAUAGCAUGUUUCAAGAACUUCAAUUUAUUCAGUAUUGUUUGGAUCAAUUAUCCAAUAAUAAAACAUUAGAGAAUGUAACUUUAUCACCAGAGAAUGUGGAAAGUGACCAUUUAUAUCAAAGUAUCGGCGAUAUUAUACGUACUGUACAUGUGAUUAACCUUCAAGUUCUAUCCAAAGAUAAUUUUUUUGAUUUUGAUAAAGAUAAUAAUUUGACGGAUAAGUUAUGGAAUAUCUUCAAACGUUGUGGAAAUAUAAAUGAUUUAUCAAAUUGUUUUCAAAAACUAUUUGAAAUUAUCGUGGAUGAGUCAAUAAAAUUACAAAUUUUGGAAGACGAUCGAAAUAGCAUGUUGGGAGAAAUGCUCUAUGACAUAUGUUCUGGAAGAGCCACAAGAAUCCCACAUUUGUCGCCAAAGCAAUGUUUGGAAUCGCUCAUUGAAUUAGGCUUGCAUAAAUUAAAGAGAAAUUAUUUUAAAAUAAUCACAUCUGUUGAUUUCCAAAUCGCCAAGGAUCUUCAGGAUAAAUGGAAUGCGCUUCUCGUAAUGCCUCACACAGGACGAGCUACAUUUACUGAAUUAAAUGUGCCCCAUACAGUCGCUCAGCUGCACUAUCUCUACCAGAUUCAUACUGCUUUAGAAUUUUUAGCGUUAGUUAAUGAAGCACGUCGCUUUCCUCAUGGAGUUCUUAUAUCAGUGCUAAAAAACGUUUUAAAUAAAUAUGUAAUGGAUAUGGUAUCAAAUUUUUCAUACGGGAUUAGGCAGUUGUGUGAUAUAGCUGUACCCAUAUGUUUUGCAGACAUAAAAAGUUGCGAUCUAUUAAGUAAUUGUGCUCCAAGCAAAUAUAGGAUAAGGAUGUCUUCAAAUCCUAUAAAUUCGUCUGUCAUUACAUCGUUUCAUUAUACAAGAGACCCUUUGUUUCCUAACACAAUUUAUAAGUAUAAUGAUGUUAGCAAUUCCGCAAUUCAAGAACAUCAGCUGUAUGUAACGCGAGUAGAAACUUACUCGGAUAAAGUGUAACCUCCUAAUAGAGAGUUUGGAGUAAUUGCAUGUUUUUUAAAAAAAUAUCACUAUGGCAUUGAAACAUUUACUAGUUAUGCCUUUUACUAAUUUGGAAUAGACCAUUUUGUUUUUUUUUGUUACAUUUUUCAAUAAAAACUAAAUAGGUACUGCA